GGAUGGGGCCGACAAGCUGGUAGCAAGGCGUUAUAAAAGGAAAAGAGAACGGCUACCAAGCAAGUAUAAGGGGAAGAGGUAACUUUUGCUUUUGGGUUUGGAUUUUCGUAAUGGAUGGUGAAAUCCCAGUAAUUGAUCUCAAGGAAUUUCCAGAGCAGCUUGGAAAGCUUCGAGAAGCAUGUGAGGAGUGGGGAUGUUUCAGGGUUGUGAACUAUAAAAUUCCGGUGGGGUUGCUGUCGGAAAUGAAGUCAGUGGUGAGAAGUCUGCUCGAUCUCCCGGUGGAGAUAAAACGCCGGAAUACUGACACAAUCACCGGAAGUGGGUACAUGCGGCCCACCCUCCAGAAUCCCCUCUACGAAGCGUUGGGGCUCUACGACAUCACCUCUUCCGAUGCCGUCGAUGCCUUCUGCUCUCAGUUGGAUGCCACUCCUCACCAGCGAGAAACAAUCAAAUCAUAUGCUCAUGAAGUACAUGAGCUUGCCAUGGACAUAGGGUGCAAGAUGGCAGAGAGCAUGGGUUUAGGCUGUGAUUUGUUCAAGGGAUGGCCAUGCCAGUUUAGAAUCAACAAAUACUACUUCACAGAGGAAGCUAUCGGCUCCACUGGCGUUCAGUUGCAUACAGAUUCUGGGUUCCUCACCAUACUUCAAGAAGAUGAUUGCGUUGGCGGCCUUGAAGUGAUGGACAAAAAGGGUGGAUUUGUAGCAGUCAAUCCCUUUCCAGGCUCACUACUUGUCAACCUAGGUGAUAUGGCCAAGGCAUGGAGCAAUGGUAGAUUCUGCAACGUGAAGCACCGUGUGCAGUGCAAGGAAGCAACAAUACGAGUCUCAAUUGCCAUGUUUGUCCUAGGACCCAAGGAGGAAGCACUGGAAGCACCACCUGAGCUUGUGGAUUCCAACCAACCUCAGCUCUACCUUCCUUUCACCUAUGAAGAGAACCGAAAUCUCCGAUUUGCCUUGAAAAUGCAUGCUGGUGAAGCUCUCAUGAAAUUCACCACAAAACAAACUCCUAAUGAAGUUUAGUACCCAAGCUAUACUGUAAUGUCUUUAUUAUAAGCUGUAAUAGCCAUGGCAAGUUACAACAAUUUAAGCCUCACUCAAUAUUGGGGGGGAUUGCAGUGCCAUUCCCCGUUUGUAUUGAACCACAAGGGUGUAUUUACAUAAAGGAAAAUAGUUUUCUAUCGUUGGAUA